AUGAAAAAAGACAGAUAAAAUUAUUAUUUUGUAGUUGUGAAUAAGACAGGAGGCUUAUAAUUCUUUUCACAACUGAAAGAGUAGUAUAGAGAAGAUUAAGAUAAGAUAACUACAAAUUAAGUUUUAUAGGCAUCAUCAAUAUUUUACGCAAUUGAUCACCUUACACAAACAAUAAUACCUGAUGCUAUUUAUAAAGUAGAGUAAGAUAAGGAUAAAGACUUUGAAAGAGAUAACACCAUAGAUUUGUUAAUUACUGAAAAUUAUAUGGUCUCAACAUUGAAAACUUUGACAGGAUUACGCUUUUUAGUUAUUUCAAGUAAAUAAUAAUUUUAAGCAUUAGAUAAAAAUUUGGAAGUACCAAAAAAGCAUGAAGACAAUAUACAAAAGAUGAGAUAGAUUUAUAGACUUUAUACAGAUUAUUUUUCAAAGGACCCAUUUUAAUCAGAUGAUUAACCAUUGGGGGAAAAGAAAAGAGCUCAAUUUGAUAGGGAUGUUAGAGAAUUAUUGGAUUUUUGA